UCUCUUUCCCCCUUUUUUAGCCCAACUAAAAAGAAAAAACUCCACCAUGGCUGAAGACCGUAAAGCGAGUUUGGCUUUGUCCAUUCGUGCACAAGAAGAUAAAAUUAAACAGCUCAAGACCAACAAUGCCGAAUCGACUGAUAUUGAUGCUGAAAUCGCUGUCUUGAAGGGCUUGAAGCAGGAACUGGACGCCUUGUCUGGUGGCGACAAGAAGAAAAAGGGCAAGGCUGGCAAGAAUGCUUUUACCCUGAAAACCGCAAAGGGUACCAAAGACCACAACGACAAGGAAAUGGCCAUUCGUGAAAAGGUGUUUUCCACCAUCAGCAAGGUGUUCAAGAAGCACGGUGCUGUCACUAUUGACACGCCCGUGUUUGAACUUAAGGAAAUUCUUGCUGGCAAAUACGGUGAAGAUAGUAAAUUGAUCUACGAUUUGGCAGAUCAGGGUGGCGAAGAAUGCUCGCUCCGUUACGAUUUGACGGUCCCAUUUGCUCGUUUCCUUGCAAUGAACGGCAAAGAAUACCAAAACUUCAAGCGAUACCACAUUGCCAAGGUCUACCGUCGUGAUCAGCCUGCGAUGACCAAGGGUCGUAUGCGAGAAUUCUAUCAAUGUGAUUUCGAUAUUGCUGGCACCUAUGACUCGAUGAUCGCAGACUCUGAAAUUUUGAAAAUUUUGACUGAGGCACUGGAUGCAUUGGAUGUCGGCCAAUAUACCGUCAAGCUCAACCACAGAAAGAUUUUGGAUGGUAUUUUCGAAGUCUGUGGUGUGCCUGAAGAAAAGAUCCGUCCUAUUUCAUCCGCUGUCGACAAGCUUGAUAAGUCGCCAUGGGAAGACGUCAAGAAGGAAAUGACCGAAGAAAAGGGAUUGCCCGAGGAAGUCGCAGACAAGAUUGGUGAAUACGUCAAAUUGAAGGGUGGUAGAGAUCUGUUGGAGAAGCUUAAUGCUGAUGAGGCUUUGAGCAACAAUGCGAGCGCAAAACAAGGUCUUGCAGAUAUGGGUCUUUUGUUCGACUAUAUGGACAUCUUUGAUAUCACCAAGAAGAUGUCGUUCGAUAUGAGCUUGGCUCGUGGUCUCGACUAUUAUACCGGCAUCAUUUAUGAAGCCGUUACUGAAAAAUCUGCUCCUCCAGCUGUUACUGAAGGCAAGAAGCCCAAGACCAAGCCCAACUCGGACGAAUUAGACGAGUCGACUGUUGGCGUUGGCUCUAUCGCUGCUGGUGGUCGUUAUGACAACUUGGUUGGCAUGUUCUCUGGUGUCAACAAAAAGGGACAACCCAACUUGCAAAUCCCCUGUGUUGGUGUUUCCAUCGGUGUUGAACGUGUCUUUUCAAUCUUGAUGUCCAAGCAAAAGGCUGAAGAGAUCAAGUCGAACGAGACCGAAGUGUAUGUUAUUGCUGUCGGUGACGGUUUACUCAAGGAACGUAUGGAGAUUGCCAACGAAUUAUGGAAGAACGAUGUCAAGGCUUCUUUCUUGUUCAAGAAUAAGCCCAAGUUGGAUAAGCAGUGGGCUGCUUGUGAAAAGGAUCAUAUUCCUUUGGCUGUCAUUAUCGGUCGGGAUGAAUUGGAUAAGGGUGAAAUCCGUAUCAAGGAUAUGCGAAGCAAGGAUGAUAGCCAGGGCAGCGGUGCUACGGUCAAGCGUACCGAUAUGGUUCAAGAACUCAAGGGCCGUUUGGCUCAGAUCUAUAACCAGUAAAGGGGUGCUUUUGUUAAAUUCAUGAAGCACAAUCUCUGUAUCUAAAAUAAAAUAUAAUCACAGUAAUUUAGCAAGCG